ACCAGCUCCACGCUGAAGGUGUGCUUGUAUUGGAAUGUAUUGCUGUGAAUGUCAUGUGACACGAGCUCCUGGGACGUCUUAUACCUGAGAGCACAAACCAGAGAAGGUAUGCACGCAACUUGGCAUUGGAAACCCAAUAUCCUCUCAUUCCCUCCACCGAGAGGGGAAGUAUGUUUGGGUUGCCCUGCCAACCAGAGAAAGUGUUCAUGCAACUCCCACUGAAUCCUCCAUUCUCACUCACAAUUGAGGGGACCAGGUGGUGGGUAUUGUAAUCUGACCUGGU